AUGGUGGAGUCCACCUGGGGGAACUGUACCAGCCCUACCGCCUCUGCACCUUCCAUGGAGGCACGUGCGGCCGCGCGCUUGGUCACACUGGACGGUGAGGCCAGGUGUUGCCAGGAGGAUUUGACCUUCUCCAAAAAGUCUGGCCUGGACACUCUGCAGCACAGCCCGGGUUCACAGCUCACCCCCCUCACACCGGCUCUCCACAGCCAGGACACUCUGCAGCACAGCCCGGGUUCACAGCUCACCCCCCUCACACCGGCUCUCCACAGCCAGGACACUCUGCAGCACAGCCCGGGUUCACAGCUGCACCCCCUCACACCGGCUCUCCACAGCCAGGACACUCUGCAGCACAGCCCGGGUUCACAGCUCACCCCCUCACACCGGCUCUCCACAGCCAGGACACUCUGCAGCACAGCCCGGGUUCACAGCUCACCCCCUCACACCGGCUCUCCACAGCCAGGACACUCUGCAGCACAGCCCGGGUUCACAGCUCACCCCCCUCACACCGGCUCUCCACAGCCAGGACACUCUGCAGCACAGCCCGGGUUCACAGCUCACCCCCUCACACCGGCUCUCCACAGCCAGGACACUCUGCAGCACAGCCCGGGUUCACAGCUCACCCCCUCACACCGGCUCUCCACAGCCAGGACACUCUGCAGCACAGCCCGGGUUCACAGCUCACCCCCUCACACCGGCUCUCCACAGCCAGGACACUCUGCAGCACAGCCCGGGUUCACAGCUCACCCCCUCACACCGGCUCUCCACAGCCAGGACACUCUGCAGCACAGCCCGGGUUCACAGCUCACCCCCCUCACACCGGCUCUCCACAGCCAGGACACUCUGCAGCACAGCCCGGGUUCACAGCUCACCCCCUCACACCGGCUCUCCACAGCCAGGACACUCUGCAGCACAGCCCGGGUUCACAGCUCACCCCCUCACACCGGCUCUCCACAGCCAGGACACUCUGCAGCACAGCCCGGGUUCACAGCUCACCCCCUCACACCGGCUCUCCACAGCCAGGACACUCUGCAGCACAGCCCGGGUUCACAGCUCACCCCCUCACACCGGCUCUCCACAGCCAGGACACUCUGCAGCACAGCCCGGGUUCACAGCUCACCCCCUCACACCGGCUCUCCACAGCCAGGACACUCUGCAGCACAGCCCGGGUUCACAGCUCACCCCCUCACACCGGCUCUCCACAGCCAGGACACUCUGCAGCACAGCCCGGGUUCACAGCUCACCCCCUCACACCGGCUCUCCACAGCCAGGACACUCUGCAGCACAGCCCGGGUUCACAGCUCACCCCCUCACACCGGCUCUCCACAGCCAGGGCACUCUGCAGCACAGCCCGGGUUCACAGCUGCACCCCCUCACACCGGCUCUCCACAGCCAGGACACUCUGCAGCACAGCCCGGGUUCACAGCUGCACCCCCUCACACCGGCUCUCCACAGCCAGGACACUCUGCAGCACAGCCCGGGUUCACAGCUCACCCCCCUCACACCGGCUCUCCACAGCCAGGACACUCUGCAGCACAGCCCGGGUUCACAGCUCACCCCCUCACACCGGCUCUCCACAGCCAGGACACUCUGCAGCACAGCCCGGGUUCACAGCUGCACCCCCUCACACCGGCUCUCCACAGCCAGGACACUCUGCAGCACAGCCCGGGUUCACAGCUGCACCCCCUCACACCGGCUCUCCACAGCCAGGACACUCUGCAGCACAGCCCGGGUUCACAGCUGCACCCCCUCACACCGGCUCUCCACAGCCAGGACACUCUGCAGCACAGCCCGGGUUCACAGCUCACCCCCUCACACCGGCUCUCCACAGCCAGGACACUCUGCAGCACAGCCCGGGUUCACAGCUGCACCCCCUCACACCGGCUCUCCACAGCCAGGACACUCUGCAGCACAGCCCGGGUUCACAGCUGCACCCCCUCACACCGGCUCUCCACAGCCAGGACACUCUGCAGCACAGCCCGGGUUCACAGCUCACCCCCCUCACACCGGCUCUCCACAGCCAGGACACCCUGCAGCACAGCCCGGGUUCACAGCUGCACCCCCCUCACACCGGCUCUCCACAGCCAGGACACUCUGCAGCACAGCCCGGGUUCACAGCUGCACCCCCCUCACACCGGCUCUCCACAGCCAGGACACUCUGCAGCACAGCCCGGGUUCACAGCUCAGCCCCCUCACACCGGCUCUCCACAGCCAGGACACUCUGCAGCACAGCCCGGGUUCACAGCUGCACUCCAUUAA